GGGAGGAGGAGGCGAGCGCGGAGGGGGAAGGAGGGAGGGGAGAGCGGUGGCGGCGGCUGCGCCCGGCUGUGCGCCUCUCGCCGCCGGAGGAAGAUGAGGCUGAAGAUCGGGCUCCUCUUACGCAGUUUGCUGGUGGUGGGCAGCUUCCUGGUGCUGGUGGUCCUCUGGUCCUCCCUAUCCCCGCGGCCGGACGAGCCGAGCCCGCUGAGCAGGAUGAGGGAAGACAGAGCUGUUAAUAACCCCAUGCCUGACCGAGGGGGCAAUGGACUAGCUCCUGGGGAUGACAGAUUCAAACCCGUGGUGCCCUGGCCUCAUGUUGAAGGAGUAGAAGUGGACUUAGAGUCUAUUAGAAGAAAAAACAAGGCCAAUCAUGAACAAGAGCGCCAUGCUGGAGGAGAUAACCAGAAAGACAUAAUGCAGAGGCAGUAUCUCACAUUUAAGCCUCAGACUUUCACGUACCGUGAUCCUGUGCUCCGCCCAGGGGUCCUCGGUAACUUUGAACCCAAAGAGCCCGAGCCUCACGGAGUGGUUGGUGGCCCUGGAGAGAAAGCCAAGCCGUUGGUUUUGGGACCAGAAUUCAAACAUGCAGUUCAAGCCAGCAUUAAAGAGUUUGGAUUUAACAUGGUGGCGAGUGACAUGAUCUCCCUGGACCGCAGCGUCAGUGACUUACGACAAGAAGAAUGCAAGUAUUGGCAUUAUGAUGAGAACCUGCUAACGGCCAGCAUUGUCAUCGUCUUCCACAACGAAGGGUGGUCCACCCUCAUGAGGACAGUUCACAGCGUAAUUAAAAGGACUCCAAGGAAAUACUUAGCAGAAAUCGUGUUAAUUGAUGAUUUCAGUAGCAAAGAACACUUAAAAGAAAAACUGGAUGACUAUAUUAAGCUGUGGAAUGGCCUAGUCAAGGUAUUUCGAAAUGAGAGAAGAGAAGGUUUAAUUCAGGCACGAAGUAUCGGUGCCCAGAAGGCUAAACUUGGACAGGUUUUGAUAUACCUCGAUGCCCACUGUGAGGUGGCGGUUAACUGGUACGCACCACUCGUAGCUCCCAUAUCUAAGGACAGAACCACUUGCACUGUGCCGAUCAUAGAUGUCAUAAAUGGCAACACUUAUGAAAUUGUACCCCAAGGGGGUGGUGACGAAGAUGGGUAUGCCCGAGGAGCAUGGGAUUGGAGUAUGCUCUGGAAACGGGUGCCUCUGACCCCUCGAGAGAAGAGAAUGAGAAAGACAAAAACUGAACCAUAUCGGUCCCCAGCCAUGGCUGGAGGAUUAUUCGCCAUUGAACGAGACUUCUUCUUUGAGCUGGGUCUCUACGAUCCAGGCCUCCAGAUUUGGGGUGGUGAAAACUUUGAGAUCUCAUACAAGAUCUGGCAGUGCGGUGGCAAGUUACUGUUUGUCCCUUGUUCCCGUGUCGGGCACAUCUACCGUCUUGAGGGCUGGCAGGGGAACCCUCCGCCCGUCUAUGUCGGGUCUUCUCCUACCCUAAAGAAUUACGUCAGAGUUGUAGAGGUCUGGUGGGAUGAGUAUAAAGACUACUUCUAUGCCAGUCGCCCUGAAUCAAAGGCACUACCAUAUGGGGAUAUAUCAGAGCUGAAGAAAUUUCGAGAAGAUCACAACUGCAAAAGUUUCAAAUGGUUCAUGGAAGAAAUAGCUUAUGAUAUCACCUCACACUACCCUCUGCCGCCCAAAAAUGUCGAAUGGGGAGAAAUCAGAGGCUUUGAAACUGUGUACUGCAUUGACAGCAUGGGGAAGACAAACGGAGGCUUUGUUGAGCUGGGCCCCUGCCACAGGAUGGGCGGGAAUCAGCUUUUCCGAAUCAACGAAGCCAAUCAACUCAUGCAGUAUGACCAGUGUUUGACGAAGGGCCCUGAUGGAUCCAAAAUUAUGAUUACACACUGUAAUCUGAAUGAAUUGAAGGAAUGGCAGUACUUCAAGUAUUGUCAUGGAAGGAGGCCACCUGGAGUCCAUGCAGACCCACUGCUAAUUUAUCAACACAGGAAAACCAGUGUUCCCUGAGGCAGUCAUCACCAUUGUUCUAAUAUCAAAAGCCGAUCUUUUUAAUCCAAAAGAGUCAUUCAUUAAAAUUACGUAUAUAAUGUGUAAGUAUACCUACGUAUGACACAUAGAAAAUAUUGCGUUUAUUUUUGCAUUUUAUUUUAUUAACUUUUAAAAUAUUGCUGCCUGUUGUCCAGCAGGUGGGGAUAGAGACGAACAAAUAACGUGUUGGACUCUAGGCCUUCAAAGCUUCUCAUCGUGGCUGCUUGCUAAAUGCAACAGGAUACAUGUCGCCUGUUGCUUGUUUUAAAGGUCAUGUUUAGUUUCUCACUUGACUCUGCGGGAGCAGUUUUUCUGUUUCAGCUGUGAAUAUUCAGAGUUCUGUGCCAGGUUGAGGAUUCCAACAUAAUAAUGGUUUUCUGAAUAAUUUUCAAAGUCUAGACUUGGCUAAAAUAAAUCAAUUUAUUAUGAAACAAAAAGUUGGGGAAGCUGCCCCAGAUUGAAAGAACCUGGCAGCCCUGAACUUUCUUUACGCGUCUUGUGUUCGCUGUCAUGUCCUCCCUGUCAGCAAACACUUGUUUGCCACAUAGUGAUGAUGUUACGACCCAGCUGAAUAUUUCCAGUUACCAUCGUGCAUAGAUAAUUACUAUGAAGUGGUAAGUAUGUGUCAGUUGCUGAUAUUUUUCUUAUAACAAGUUAGGAAGGAGAAGAUGAACAUAAAUCCCAGAGAAGAGAACAUUUAUUUACACAAAGAAAGAUGAAUAAUAGCAAUAAAGGCUAGGGGUGAGUAAGGACAAUAUUAGUAAACUAGUAAAAGAAGGUUAGCAGAUGCAAAACGACACAAGAAGAAGUGGAUAAGAAUGGAAUGUACAUAUUUUAGAUAUUUUAAAGAGCACAGCACUGAAUAUCCGUUUGUGCAUCAGACAUUACGAAAUAUUCACUGGGGCCCUUCAAAAAAUAUCUAAAGCCCAUCAUACUAUAAUGGCAGAGAAGGAAAGAAAUGCAGAAGUAAAAAUAAGCAAAAUGCCAUAGGACAGCAAAAGAGAGAUUAACAGGAGGAGUUAUUUCUGAUGAGUUUCAUGUAGGAAGUAUCACUGUACCAGGUCUUGAGGUAUAAAAAGGCUUUUCAUGGAUAAUAAAUGAGAAAACGGGUGAGCAGAGGCGUGGCAUCAAAGUGUAGAGAAUUCUAGGAACUGCGUUUGGUCUGGUUCCCUAAGUUGUUCUCCAUGAGAAAGAGCAUGGAACUUUGUUUUGUGGGCUUUAGGGAGUGACUGACAUUAGUUAAGGAUCACAGUGAUAGGAAACAGUGGAUACUUUUAGGAAAAUAAUUCUGGAAAUAUUGUCAGGUAUGGACUGGUGAGCAGGAGGCCAGCUCGGUCAGUGGUUCUCACUCUGCCCCGUCUCUGGACCCCCUUUACAUCCUUACAAACCACUGACACGCUCCCCAGACAGAUUUGUUUUAGAGGUUACAGCUAACGGUAUUUCCUGAGUUGGGAAUUAAACCUGAGAAUUGUUGUAUUUAUGUAUGUAUUCACGUAAAUGUAACAAUCAUAACCAUAUUACAUGUUAAUAUAAAUAACACUUUUAUAAUCCCCCCAAAAGUGAGAAGAGUGGCAUUGUUCUAUAGUUUCACGAACGCCUUUAAUGUCUGGUGUAAUAGAUUCUUAUUCCGCUUCUGCAUUUAGUUUGAUGCGAUAUGUCGUUUUAGUUGCGUAUUUGAGGAAAAUCCGGCCUCACAUACACGUGCAGUUGGAAAACGAGGGGUAAUUUAAUAGCCUUUUCAGAUAAUUGAGGCUGUUCUUCUUCAGUGCUACACAAGUGUGUAAGAGGUAGUUUCUUAAAAGCUUUGCAGUGUAGAAUCUGGAAUCCUAUCAGUGAACAUUUUGUUCUUUGUUGCAUUAAACCCACUGGUCUGUCUUACACCGGAGUGGAUCUUUUGUAGCAUCACACAUUCGCUGCUCAUUUGGAAAACAUUGGCUCACUAAGUCAUGUAGAUCUUCCAAAUGAUGGCACAUUUCAUCGUACAAUGCCAAAUAAAUCACAAAUAUAACCACUGAUUUCAUCAGAAAAGUCUUUAAAUCUUGUGCAGCUGUCAAGUUCAUGGUAAUGGAUACAAGUUUUCGAAAACUCGAAUUUUUGCUUGAAAACUCAAAUUUUAUCAAUGGCAACAGAUACUGUCAGCUUUAUAUUGUUGUUUUUUCCUUGAAGUGAUGGGCUCACUUUAUUUUCUGGAAAAUGUCUACCCAGUCCCAAGUUUGCAUAAUUGUAAUCUGCCUGCAGGUUGUCCUUUCAAGUCAGAGUGACAACCCACGAGAGAAGGAGCUCGUUCAACCCUCGGGUCCCGACAACUGCUCAUGUGCUGUCCACUCUUCCCAUACUAUCUCAUAGGGUCAAGGUUUAAUAAAACUAAUACGUGGACACCAGGGGGGAAAGGGUGGGGGGUGAACUGGGAGAUUAGGAUUGACAAAUAUACACCGCUGAGUAUGGAGUAGAUAUCUAGUGAGAGCCGGCCGUAUAGCGCAGGGGACUCUACUCGGUGCUCUGU